AUGGCUGACACCUCAACCCUCCAGUCGCACGCCCAGCGCGACUUCCUCAACGCCCUGACCCAGAAGAGUACCGACGCCGAGUCCACCGACUUCACUAUUAUCAACGGUGGCCAGGAGUUCAAGAUCCACAAGGUCAUCUUGAGUCUGCACUCCAAGUACUUCGACAGGUUGUUCAAGAGCGAGUACAAGGAGACCAGCCAAAACCGCAUCUCGCUCAUCGGCGACCCACCCCUCGCCGUCAGCUGCAUGGUCCAAUACUUCUACCACUUCAGCUACAAGCCAGAACCAGACACCUACACCGAGCCCAGACCCUCCAUAAGCCCAACUCCAACGCAAGCCGACCCACUCCUCCCCUCCCUCGUCCAAGUCCACGCCUACAUCUACACCCUCGCCGAAAAAUACGACAUCCCCGGCCUCAAACGCCUCGCCAAAGCCAACUUCACCUCCACCGCGCACCACAUGCUCCAGUGA